AGAUGUCUUGGCGAUGCUUUCCCCGUGAGUGAGAUAGUCGGGAACUAGUUUGAAGAGCAGGAACUAGCGAACUUAGCAGCAUGUCUCGUCCUGGCACAAAGGGUUCAAACCCCAGCGGGAAAGUGAUGAAUGCUGACGACGGGAUCCAGGAGGUCGUUCCUCUGUCCCUCCAGAAGCUCCGCGAGUUGGCCGACAGCCUUCGAUCCUCCAUGCCAGAGGAGAACAACGUCGGCUCCCCUUCCCCUUCGAGGGUCGGGAGGAAGGGCAGGUCGAGGCAGGACAGGAGCAGGAAACGUCAGGUGGCGAUGGAUCAGGGGAUGCAGUCGCAGCUGGGAGCAAUGGAGGUGGAGAGUCUGCAGGCCAUGGUGAAGCAGACGGAGGCGAAGCUACAGGAGCUCUCGGUGGAGCAUGACAGAAUGAUUGCGGAGGGGAAAGAACAGCAGCAGGCCUUCAUCCGGAGGGAGGUCCAGUACCAGUCACAGAUUAAGAGGAUGAAGGAGCUGCUGGAGAAGGUGGAAGACAAACUGAAGAAGACGGGAGGAAAGAAAAACAAUGAAGCAGUCGGAGGGAUACCGCGGUCAUGGCUGGAACGGGCCACGAAACUUGCAAGGGAGCUCGAGCACUACAAAGAAGAAUCGAUCCGACUGGAUGCCGAGAACGAGAGGCUGACCAAGGAGUCAACGAGGCUGCAGGCGGAGUAUCAUUCACACGAGGAUGAUGUCCGAUACCUGGAGUCACAGUUGGUCGCCCUCAAGAAGGAGAAUCUCAAGCUCAAGAAGGAUCGUGAAGACGCUGCUACUGUCUCAAUGCGAGCCUUCCUCGCCACCGACCAUUCCAAGCGUCAGAGAAGUCAGGAGGAGGAGCGCCCGCCGGCGGAGGAUGGGAGCAAGCCGCAGGAAUCAAAGCAGAUGGAGGAGGAGGCGUAUGCGCAGAUUGAGAAGGUCAAAGUCUCUAUCUCGAGGAUGAGGAAGCUGAUAGAGGAUGAGAGAGCCCGGCUAAGGGAGGUGCGAACCGCGCAUGUGAAGGAGCUGGCGUCUAGGACAGAGCUUGAAAGUUUCCUUCGUGACUGUCUUGCCGAUGUCAAGAAGCAGAUCACAAGACACAAGAUGGAGUCCUUGGACAAAAUCGCACAGACGAAGCACAACACCGCUAGCUCCCUGCAUGAGACGGAGGACCAGAAAGAGGAGCGGGACAGGGUUUUGGAGCUGCUCUUGUCCCAGGAGAGGGUUAUCACCCUUCUGUUUGAGAAGACCUUUCCUGAUCAAGCAUCAAUGAAGCUGUUCGGAGGGCCAAGGCUCAAGAGAGAAAUGGAUACAAACUCGACUGUUGACGGCAGCAUGACACAGACUGACAAGCUCGACGCCUCCACCUACGGGAGAGAUUCAAGUAUGCAGGAUUCUCUGAGCGAGCUGAACAUGGAGGGAUUGAAGCUGCGAGACAGUGAGAGCGGAAGAUCUCAACUCCCCAAGAUAGGACGAGACGUUUCGCGCUGAAUGGAGGGUGUACUGUAGCAGAGCCUUAUCUUAUGUUCAGAUGUAUUCUUUAAGUUGUCGCUGUCGUCGUCACUCUAUUUUUCCCUCUCCCCUCUCCUCGUCUCGACGUUUUCCAGCUUCCAGCAUAUCAUUCUCUUGCCUCGUGUCCGCAAUGAUUCUCUUAGACCUUCACCAUUCAUCUUCUCGUCCCGUCCUGCUGUGUUCGCUCUGCAGUCUUCCCCUCGUCGAAAACAAAGUGGAAUGCUGUCGUCCUUCGCCACCGACUCUCUCUACGACACUGACCCUCUCUACGAGUUUAGUUUCGAUCCCACACCCAAUCUUCCUCUAGCAGACGUAUGUUGUUCAUCGUAUAAGGGCAUCCCUCCUUGUCCUUCAAAGUCAACUUCUUGUCGCUAGAUCGCCAGCUUCCCUUCCAUGUGUAACUUCCAGCAGCAGUUGGUUCAGCGUCCUGUGUGAUCCCAUGGGCUCAAGAGCGAGGGAGAGUUAUCAGUGAGUCUAUCUACAUCCUGCCUUUCCCUU